AUGGACGCUCUAGUUUCUCGUCUAGACGCCCUCGUGACAAAUCCGGAUCUCGCACCGCUCCUGUCACUGGUGAAGGGCAUUCGUAAUGGCGCAGUAUACGGCGCCAAGGUGCGGUUUCCGCAUGCUCUGGUCAUCCGCGAGAAAGUCAAACUCGUCCUUAAUGCGACGCGCCAACAUGCCCGAAACCUCGCUGUCUUCUGCCUGAUAUACAAGAGCUCCAUGAUCGCCCUGCGCAAUAUAAAUCCUGCCGGCGUGGGGAGAGAGGGGCAGUACGAUAGCUUUUUUGCGGGGUUGAUGGGGGGUUAUGCGGUCUUCGGGAGGCAUAAGUCGAGUAUCACGCAGCAGAUCGUGAUCUACAUCUUCGCCCGCGUAGUCCUCGGCUUCGCGAAGCUUUCCGUGCAGCCUGGCGCUCGCCCUUUCUCAUCGCUUAUCGGCCCCGAAGCACGAAAGCAGAUUGAGGGUAACGCCUGGGCAGUCUUUGCGUCUUUGAGCUGGGCGUUCGUUAUGUACCUCUUCCGCUGGCAUCCGGAGGUUCUGAUGUCAAGUUUGCGGAGUAGUAUGGUUUACAUAUAUGCCGACUCGGAUCACUGGGACUCGUUCCGCAACUUCCUGGUGCACAACAAAUAG